AUGUUGAAAGAUAAUCCAAAAUGGAAAUCAAAUACUCCUCUUUCUAGGUCCUCAAAGAAAUUAAAGAUCAAUGAAAGUGGUGCUUAUACAUCAUCAUCCAAUGCGGAUACAAGCAUUGAUGUAGAUGACAUUGAGGUCGAGGUCUGUCCUAUUGGCCAAAAAGCAGCAAAGGCAAAAGCAAAGACAAAGAGGAAAGGGAAGUCAAAUGUGGUUGAAAAAUCAAAAGUAGACGAAGAAAUGGAAGCAAGGUGGGUAGAAUUACAAGAAUGGAGGAAUGAAAAAUUAGCAGAAGUGAGAAGUUUGAAAAAAUCUUUUGAAAUGGUUGCUGAUCAUCAAAUUUUGACCAUGAAUACUAGCCACAUGAAUGCUGAACAACUCGAGAAUCACCGUCUCAUGUGUAAUGUUAUAAAAUCAAAAUAUAAUAUUUAA